CAUACCCAGAGCACUCAAUCCUCAAUCCUCAACCACCAAAAUGACCACCCCAAUCCCCCACAUCUCCAACUGGAUCGACGGCACCCACACCACCGCGACCACUACCAGCAUCCCCGUCCUGAACCCCGCCACCGAAGCCCCCCUCGCAACCAUCGACGCCACCUCUCACUCCCAAAUCACCUCUCUCAUCACCACCUCCCUGCAAACCUUCACCACCAGCCCCUGGUGCCGCCCCGAUGCCUCCACCACCCGCUUCACCGUGCUCACCACCGCCGCGCGCCUUCUCCGCGCCCGCAUCCCGGAAUUCAUCACCCUCGAGACGCAACAAACCGGCCGCCCGAUCCGCGAGAUGCGCGCCCAGCUGGCCCGCGUCCCGGAGUGGCUCGAGUACUUCGGGUCCGUGGCACGGGUGCACGAAGGCCGCGUGCCGCCGUUCAAGGGCCCCGUCGUGAACACCCUCACGCGGCUCCCGCUCGGCGUGGUCGCGCAGAUCACACCAUACAACCAUCCGCUGCUGAUCGCGACGAAGAAGAUCGCGGCAGCCCUGGCGGCGGGGAAUGUCGUGAUUGUGAAGCCGUCCGAGCGGGCGCCGCUGUCGGUGCUGAGGCUGGGCGAGCUGUUCAAGGAGGCCGGGCUGCCGGAUGGCGUGUUGCAGAUUGUGUCCGGGUAUGGGUAUGAGACGGGGAAGUGGCUGUGUGAGGACCCGCGCCUGGCGAAGAUCGAUCUCACCGGGGGACUGGGUACGUAUCAGGCGAUUGCCGGGGCGGCGGCGAGGAAUCUGAUUCCCAUCACGGCGGAGUUGGGGGGCAAGGCGCCGGUGUGUUUCCUGGAUGUGGAUGUGGAGGUGGGCGUGAAGGCGGCGCUGUUUGCGGCGUUUAUCGCGAGUGGGCAGACGUGUGUGACGGGGAGUCGGUUGCUGGUGCAUAAGGAUGUCUAUGAGGGGUUUAAGGGGCUGUUGGAGACGAGGGUGAGGGCGUUGAGGGUGGGAGAUCCGUUUGAUGGACGGACGCAGAUCGGGGCGGUGAUCUCGCAGGAGGCAGUGGAGCGGUGCGCGAAGUUUGUGGAGCGCGCGGUGGACGGGGGAGGCAGGGUGUUGUGUGGAGGGAAGGCGAUGAAGGUGGAUGGGAAGGGGUUCUUCUUCGAGCCGACGGUGAUCGAGACGACGGCGGAUUCGGAUCUCGCGUGCAACGAGGUCUUCGGGCCGGUGAUUGCGCUGCUGAAGUGCGAGAGUGAGGAGGAGAUCGUGCGCGUGGCGAAUGGCACCUCGUUUGCGCUGGGGGCGUCGGUCUGGUCGAAUGACUUUGCGCAGGCGCAUCGCGUGGCGGCGCAGAUCGAGGCGGGCAUUGUCUGGAUCAACGGGCAUCAUUUGAAUGAUCCGUCGUCGCCGUGGGGAGGGUUCAAGGAGAGCGGCGUGGGCAAGGAGAACGGCAUGGAGGCGUACGAGAGCUAUACCAAGGUGAAGAGCACCGUGAUGAACUACGGAGUGCCGCCGGCCUGGUUUGACGACGAGCCGGAGGGGGCGAGAUAUGGUUGAUCUUGCUUUAUAUGGAGGGUCUGAUAGCCAUUUGAUAUUCAAAUAGUACAAGGAUUGAAGAUUGAG